AUGGCCUUCAACUUCAACUGGUCGCCGCUCAUUGCCGACACGUCGAGGGCGCGCGACAUGCUCACCACCGCCCUGAACAAAUCGCCCAAGCCGCCCAUCAUCGUCGACGACAUCAUCGUCACCGAGCUGAAUCUCGGCACCACCCCGCCAGAGCUCGAGAUACUAGAGAUUGGCGACUUGGCCGAGGACAGGUUCAGGGGCAUCUUCAAGAUGUCGUAUGCCGGCGACGCGUUCCUGACGCUGAAAACAAAAGUUCAGGCAAACCCGCUGAAGACGUAUCUCUCCAACAAGCCAGACUUUGCUUCACCACAGCCACUGGCAGCAUCGUCCGGCUUGACUAUACCAUUGCAAAUCACUCUGUCCAACAUCCGCCUCUCCGGCUUUGUCAUCCUCGUCUUCUCCAAACAAAAGGGCUUGACGCUGGUCUUCAGGAACGACCCUUUGGAGUCGCUCAAGGUCUCGUCGACAUUUGAUUCCAUCCCAUUCGUGCGUGACUACCUGCAGAAGGAGAUUGAAGGGCAAUUGCGUGUCUUAUUCAUGGAGGACUUGCCGGCUAUCAUUCAUAGGCUAUCACUACGCAUGCUGUCGCCCGAGUACCAAGAGAUCGAGACAGAAGAGCGACUGGAAGGCGCUAACGAUACAACCGCAGCCAUCGACCCUCUAGCAUCGCCACCACAAGAUGCUGUCGAUGCCUUCGGGAACCCACUGGACGAAGCCCAAAUUUCCGCCUUGUCGCUCGACUCUGGCGAAAUUCACGCCUCCUUUUCUCAGAAGAAUAUCCUCCGCCUAGCCGCCUUAUCCGAAUCGCAACGAACGCUAUCCCUCUUCACACCCGGCAUACGCGAUGCCGUCUUCAGAGCAUGGGCAGGUCACCCAGACAGACCCGAGUCUGGUGCUGCUACGCCAGCACUCACACAAGGCAGCCUAUCGAGGAUACAGUCGACCUUUGGCAGCCUCAAGUCUGGCGCGUCGUCGGUUGCGUCCGGCUCAACAGGCAACGAUACACACAGCUCACGACCUACCAUGGCAUCGGCAUACUCGACUCCUUCGGGGCUCAGUCUUGGCUCAAGUCGCUCUCGCACUGGUGGCAUGCGGAAACGAAAGAAGCGUGUUGUUGAUCUGCGCAAGAAGGAGGAUGUUGAUUCUGGCGUGUCAACUGGAGCCAAUACCCCAUUACCAAGUGCGUACGCAUCUGAGACGUCAAGCGUCAUCCCCGAAGAGAGGGAAGCAGAGGAAGAAUUGGCUACCCCACCAAGGAGCCCCGCACAACCUGGCAUGCGCUUCGAGAGUCGGCGUGGCAGUCUGGACAUUGGUACACCGAAGCGGAUACCUGAAGAGCCGCCUGCUUUCGGCCCUCUUCUUGCCCCUGCACCAGAUCUUUCAGAUGCACCCAAGCCACCCAAGCCUACCAAAUCAAAGCAAACCACCCCACCAGCCGCUCAUCUCGAAGACCCAUUCAUAUCCCACUCAUCUUCCAGACGCCCCCCGAUUUCGCGUAAUAAGCUGCGGCAAGCACAGCAGUCCACCUCGCCACUCCUACGCUCCCUGUCGUUUGACAAGGUCUCCUCGCUCUCAGCUCUAUGCUCGCCACCGCGCACUUCUUCACCACCCAAUGCUGACGUCAUGGCCAGCUCCGGUGGCAUCCUUGAACAAGCCUGGAUGACAAAGAUGGCGCAAGAGAUUGCGAGAAAGGUUCAAGAGGAAAAGGACCGGUCGUCUCGCCGGCCUUCGCACGCCAGGACGAAGACUGCGCCCACAGGAGGCUUCUGGCAGAACGAUGACGAGAUUGAGGCACCGCCUGCUUACGUCGCGUAA